AAACAUUGCCCUUCAGUGCAGUGUCGGCUGGCUUCGACCACUCAAAAUGCAACCCCACGGCCUAUUUUGCACGAUUAAAAUAAUUUUCCGAUAGCUCUCGUCAUUUCCUUCGCAAACGAAGCACAGCUACGAUAUCGGUGCCGAUAGUAGGGGAGGGUUAAGAAGAUAGCAUUGAGGAUGAGAUCUGUCUUCAGUACGUAAAGAUAGCCUUAAGAGUGACAGUUUAAAUAGCUUCCUUGCAUCAAUCGGGCUGAAGCUAACAAGAGGAAAAUGGCCGAUGAGGAGACAGACGGAGCUCACAUUUUAGUGAAUGCUCUUGUCGAUCAAGGAGUAGAGUACAUGUUUGGGAUUGUUGGAAUUCCUGUUGUCGAGGUAGCAGUGGCAGCACAACAAGCAGGAAUCAAGUAUAUUGGAAUGCGCAAUGAACAAGCGGCAUGUUACGCAGCACAAGCCAUUGGAUAUCUAACUGGCCGUCCAGGAGUUUGUCUUGUGGUCUCAGGCCCUGGCCUUCUGCAUGCCAUUGGAGGGAUGGCCAAUGCCCAGAGUAAUGCCUGGCCGGUUCUGGUUGUUGGCGGCUCAAGCGACCAGGACCAGGAGGGCUGUGGUGCCUUCCAGGAGUGUCCGCAGGUGGAAGCAUGUCGUCUGUACUGCAAAUACUCCGCCCGGCCCCCAAGACUGGACACAAUCCCAUACCACGUAGCAAAGGCCAUCAAAUCGACUACCUAUGGACGUCCCGGAGCUGCUUAUUUGGACUUCCCCGGAAAUCUGUUGAAUGAGAAGACAAGCGAGGAUUCAAUCCAGCCAUUUCCAAGGAACCCUUUGCCGCCAGUGUCACUGGCAUGCCCUGAAAAGAUUUCGGAAGCAGUGGCACUCCUGGCAGGUGCCAAGAGGCCACUAGUCGUCGUGGGAAAGGGAGCUGCCUAUGCGCGUGCCGAGGACCAGGUCAGAGCUCUGAUUGAGAAGACAGGACUGCCUUUCCUGCCCACGCCUAUGGGUAAAGGUGUCGUGGCUGAUGACCAUCCCCAGUGCGUCGCAGCUGCUAGGUCUCGUGCUCUCUUGGAAGCUGACGUCAUCUUGCUUCUUGGUGCGAGACUCAACUGGAUGCUGCAUUUCGGACGCCCUCCCAGAUUCGCUCCUGGCGUGAAGUUUGUUCAUGUAGACUUAUCCUCCAGUUCCAACAGCGUACCUGCAAGCGUCGCUCUCCUCGGGGAUUUGAAGCCCGUUUGUGUUCAGUUGCUCAAGGAGGUUUCAGGUCGGCUUAUCUCCCAUGACUCACCGUGGUGGGCAAGGUUGGACGAAAAAGCACAGGCAAAUAUGCAGAUUAACAGAGCCAUGGCUGAGGACAUAUCAGUCCCUCUGAACUACUAUGCAGUGUUUAGCCACCUCCAGCAACUAUUGCCUUCAGACUGCAUCAUCGUCAGCGAGGGGGCCAAUACCAUGGACAUUGGUCGCACAUUUCUGCUCAAUAGGCUUGCACGCCAUCGACUUGAUGCAGGCACUUUUGGGACCAUGGGGGUGGGUCUGGGCUUUGCCAUUGCCGCAGCCCUCUAUGCACGAGACCACGCCCCAGGCCAGAGGGUCGUGUGUGUUGAGGGUGACUCGGCAUUUGGAUUCAGCGGCAUGGAGUUGGAGACCAUUUAUAGAUACAACCUCCCCAUCGUCGUUAUUAUCAUCAAUAAUAAUGGUAUCUAUGGAGGCCUAGACAAGGAACUCUUCCAGGACAUCCGCGAUGGAGUGGAUGUCACCCUCGCAACGCCACCUACCUCACUGCUGCCAAGUGCACGUUAUGAACGCAUGGCCUCUAUCUUUAAUGAAUCAGGACACCUCUGCACCACUAUCCCGGAGCUGGAGUCUGCUGUCAACCUGUCUCUCGCCGAAUCCCAAAAGCCGUCACUGAUUAAUGUGCUGAUCAACCCCAUGGCACAACGCAAGGCUCAGGACUUCGAUUGGCUCACUCGGUCAAAGAUUUGAGCAAAGACACAUUAUUCCAACUUUUUUUAUGAAUUAUUCCCCAAGAAAUGCAAUGAACAGUUUGAUACAGCAUCUUCAACAGAAUGAAGGGCAGUAAUGUAAUGUGGAUUACUCAUUUCACAUUCUAGAAUUAUUCAUUCUCAUUUAUCCUUAUUCUCCAAAAAGGGGGAGUAUGAACAAAUGACAUGAAAGUAUUAGGAUACACAUAAUAGUAAAAUAUUAAUCAUCAUCAGAGUUACUUGGAGAAUAUGAGUUACAUGCCUUGCAUAUUACCAUUAUUAAUUUUUAUACAGAUUUGUCAUCAAUAAUUUUUCAUCUUUCUUUACCUAAGGACAAAGAGAUUUUAUUGAUAAUGUAGAAUAUGCUUCAGAACCAAUGUAUUAGCUUUAGUGUAAGAAGAUUCUAUAAUAUAGUUGUAUAGUUUUAUGAAUUAUUAUUUUCAGAUUUUAUUGUUCAUAUUAAAAGUGAACCGAGCAUA